AAAAAGAUAAAAUGAGAAACCUGUGGAUAAAGUAGAAGCCACGUAAGAUUGGGCAAUCUUGGUGUUAGUAGCCUUACACACGACACUACCAAUUCAUCCAUUGUGAUUUGUGAGAUCAUCCCACUACAGAAUUGCAUUAAUGAUCAAGACCAACAACUAGCUGCACCGUAAAUGGGAGAAGUGAAGCUACUCGGAGUUUGGCCUAGUCCAUACGUUUACAGGAUCAUAUGGGCUUUAGAGCUGAAGGGAGUAAAGUAUGAGUAUGUAGAAGGAGAAUUCCACAAGCCUGAUUUCACUGAUUUGCUAUACAAGUAUAAUCCAGUUUACAAAAAGGUUCCAGUCCUUGUUCAUGAUGGAAAGCCAAUAGCUGAAUCCACUGUUAUUCUUGAAUACAUAGAGGAAACAUGGCCAUAUCCACCCUUGCUUCCACAGGACCCUUAUGAGAGGGCUAUGGCAAGGUUUUGGGUUAGUUUUGCAGAGGAAAAGAGCAUUUCGUUUAUGUCAUUCUUUGUGACUGUUGGAGAAGAGUUUCAGAACGCCACAAAGGAAGUUAGAGAAGUGCUGAAAGUGUUGGAAGAAACCAUUGGGGGCGAAAAGUAUUUUGGUGGUGAAGAAAUUGGAGUGUUGGACAUAAACUUGGGAUGGAUAGCCUUGUCAUUUGGAGUCAUUGAAGAUGUUGUUGGUGUUGAAGUGUUGGUUGUCAAUGAUUUCCCUUGCUUGUUUACUUGGGUUCAGAACUUCAGGGAGCACCCCGCUAUCAAAACAAACCUUCCAAGUCACCAAGAGUUGUUUGCUUAUUACAAGCAAAAGAGAGAUACUAUUAUUCCUUCAGAAGUAGCAUCAUGAAUGCUGGUCAGAACUGAUUUUUACCUGUUAGGAGUAGUUAGUUGUUACAAGUUUGUUAGAAAUAGUUUAACUCUAAUAAGCUCUAUGUAUAGACCAUCUACAUACUUCUCUAGUAUCUUCUAUCAUUUUCAAUCAAUGAAUGAAUUACACAAUGAUAUUCUACGA